GUAGUGUACAUUUAACUUACUGUAAUACGUGACGUGAAAAUGAGCCAAAUUUUCCUGGUUGUAACUAGAUUUUCAUAACUUAAAAAGAAUCGUGUAUUUCUUCUAGAAGGAAAAAAUAAUUAAUAUGGCAUCAAAAUCAUCUAUGUCUUCAGAUAUAUUGGGAAAUUUAGUAAAGUUUAAUUCCCAAACCGCAGGGAGAGAGAAACUGUUGAGGUUAGUCCAGUAUGGUACAAGAAUGUUAUGGGCUUUGAUGGAAAAAUACUCUCAUGAAAAGGAAGUGGUUUUCAGAUUAAAGAACCUUGAGUACACCUUUAGCACAGCCAGAAAAUUGUUUCGAUUUGGUCGAAGCCUUGAUGUCUUCUACAGUGCGUUGUCAACUAUUAACAUUCCUGACCAGAUAUUGCGUAUAACCAUCACAUUUUCUCGUAUCAAUUUAGCACUAUACUUACUGGCAGAUCAUGUAUUAUGGCUUGGGCAAGCUGGAAUUGCUAAUGUCAGUAAGGAUAAGUGGUCCAAAUUGAGCAAUAGGUUUUGGUUAUAUUCUCUAGUUAUGAACUUGGUGCGAGAUAUGUACGAAAUUUUAACCUUAUUACAAAUCCAGGGCUCGCAAACUUGUGCUGUUUCUGUGUCUUCUGUUUUUCCUUAUGCCAGAAGUUCAUGGAGUGUUUUAUUACAAGCUCUUCUAAACUGGAUGAUUUACCACCGAUCAGUAACUGUUGAACUCAUAAAGAAUGGAUGUGAUUUUUGGAUUCCACUAACCAACUUAAAAAUUGUGAAAUUUUCACCGGCAACUGUAGGAAUUUUAGGAGUUUUAUCUUCACUUGCCGGGAUUUUACAGUUGAUUAAUGUAUCAUACAAGCUCUCACCAAGUUGAAAUUUUAUAUUUUACUUUUUUUUAAAUAUUUAUCAUUGAAAAGUACACAUUUUACUUUUGUUAAUU